AUGAUGAACUUUCAGCCAUCGCAAUCUGAAUUUGACUCGAUCAAAGCUCAAUUUCUUCAAGAUUACAAGACAAAAAUUCAAAACCCGGAGGAUCUUUCAGAAGAUUUGAAAAUGUCAUUCCUCAAGAGCACGAAUUUUCCUCUCAUCGAGAGAAUAAAGGCUCUCGAAUCAGUUACUCUUGAGGAGUUGAUCGAGUUCGUUAAAUCAUACAGAAACGAUUACUUCCUCUCAUUUCAAAUCCAAGGAAACUACUACAUCAAAGAAGCAAGAAAGAUUUUUCAUCGAGUUAUGGAACAGUUCACAGGUCAAAAACCGGUUUUCCAGAUCAUUAGAUCUUUCCUCAAAAACUUCGGCUCAAAGAAUCAAAACAUUGAACCACAUCGCCUCACAAGACGAUUCUCAAAAAUCCUUCAAGUUCCUGAUAAGCCGUCAGUCAUCAUCACCAAAAAUGUCAACCCAACUGAUGUCAACACAAGCUACAACAUCCACUGGCACGUCGGUCAUGUCACCAUCAAAGAAUGCAUAAAAAAUCAACUCUUGGUCACGAUUCUUGAAGAGCCAUGCUUCGAUAUUCUCAGAACAAAGAAGUGUCUUGGAUAUUCAGUGGAUAUUCAACUUGAAAUCAUCUCUGGGAUGGUUGGCAUCGGCAUAUCCAUCGUUUCUCAACAAGAUAAAUUUUCUGUCAAAGAAAUUCAUGGUCACGUCCUUGAUUUUAUCAAGGAGAUGGAAGAGUUCGUUAAUAACUUGUCGGAUGAAAAGUUCAACGAGCAUCGAGAAGGUCUUCUCUACGCAAAACACAGCUCUGAUGAAGAUUUCGAAGACUGGAACGCAGAAAUCGCCAAGGGCGAAUACCGAUUCGACAGAGUCGAUUUUGAAGUCUCUUACCUCAAACAAAUCACAAAAGAAGAAAUCGCCGGCGUUUUCAAAACAAGCAUUACUGAGAACAAAAAGAUAGUCCUCGUUGUUGUCGAAGGAAACGAAUCGAACAGGACGAGUUCAGGACAAGAGCUGAGUCUGGAACAUGUUCCAGCGGAAGAUUUCUUUGAAGAAUUCGAGCAAAUUGAAAAUAUUGAGGAAGCAAGAGCACGAUUUGGCUUUUUUGACCCAACAUAUAUAAAUAUUAAUGAGGAUAAAGCGUAUUAUGACGACAAGUUGCUGGAGCAUGCGUGUCCGAUGGAAAUUCGAAGGAGCACUCAAACAUUGAGGAACCGUGUACCAGAUAUCAUCGGUAUUGGCUUCGCCAAGUGUGGCACUGGGGCGUUGGCGUUUUUGGAUUGUCAUCCAUCUGCGACUUUUCGCACGAAUGAACCUCGAUUUUUCGACAAAGAGUCGGUCCUGGACGACAUCAUCAAUGCCAACAAGACCGGCAACGUCGCUGCACUUGACCGACAUCGAAAAAUUUACGCUUCUCGCCUCCCGAGAGCUGCUGAUGAUGAGCUUUUGAUUGAGAAAUCGCCACAAUACGCUGGAGGAAAAGACUAUAUUCGAAAAAAGCGAGCCUUGGCAAUGAAGAUCAUCAAUCCAAACGUCAAGCUCGUGGCGAUCGUUUGUGACCCUGUCAAACGAGCGUAUUCUCAGCUUCGGUUAAAACGUUUCUUCGGAAAACCGACUACGUACGCUCUCUUUCAGGCGAUUCUUCACUUCACGAAAACGCUGGACCGUCUCUACGAGAACGGACACGAGUCUGGCUUUGCUUCUUACGCGCCUUACCUGGCUCCUUAUCUCGAGCGGGGACGACUGUUUAGACCAGAGAACGUGUAUGUUGGCGAUGGAGAAAACAUGAUCAGUAAUCCUAACUAUGAAUGGGGCAAGCUCAUGGAUUUCUUGCGCAUCGAAAAAGAUUACUUCAAGUUCUUUGUACCGGAAGAAAAGGGCUUUCCUUGCUUGGAGAUGCCCAUCCGCCACUGUUUAAACGCUGCUAAGGGAACUUCGCGAAAAACGCCUGUCCGGGAAGUCUACCCUGCUCAAACUGCCAAAUGGGAACGGACCUUCACGCGUUCCAUCAAAAACAUGAUCAUUGAGCUAAAUAUUUGUGAAUCUAUUAAUUCGCACUGCUGUUCUUUGCUCGCUGAUGAGAGUAACUCGUACUCGUGGGCGCACGAUUAUGUCUGCUAG